GGCGCCGCACUGCACAUGCGCAGUGGUGCCGCCGCUGGCCGGCUGCUUGUCACCGACUCCACCCCUCCUGCAGACGAAGGCAUGGCGAGCACCGAAGCUAGAAGGGAGUGUGAGACAGAGGGCUGCAGCAAGGACGCCAAACUUCAGUGUCCCACAUGUAUCAAGCUUGGUAUUCAAGGCUCCUAUUUCUGUUCACAGGAAUGUUUCAAAGGAAGCUGGGUGUCUCACAAGCUGCUGCACAAAAAAGCCAAGGAAGACAAGAACCAGAAUGAAUCUAAGAACUGUGUGGAGAGAGACAUCAACACAGACCCAUGGUCUGGCUACCGCUACACAGGAAAACUACGUCCUCACUACCCACUGACUCCAAUGAGGCCUGUGCCUGGUGACAUCCAAAGACCUGACUAUGCUGAUCAUCCCAGAGGGAUGUCUGAGUCUGAGCAGGUUUUGAAGGGAACAUCGCAGAUCAAGAUCCUAUCCCCUGAGGACAUUGAAGGCAUGAGGGUUGUGUGCAAGCUGGCACGAGAAGUCCUGGACAUUGCAGCUGUGAUGGUGAAACCGGGUGUAACAACAGAGGAAAUUGACCAUGCUGUGCAUCUGGCCUGUACAGCAAGGAACUGCUACCCCUCCCCUCUCAACUACUACAACUUCCCCAAAUCCUGCUGCACAUCUGUUAAUGAAGUCAUCUGCCAUGGCAUACCGGACAGAAGACCACUGCAAGAAGGAGAUAUCCUCAAUGUGGACAUUACCGUCUACCACAAUGGUUUCCAUGGUGACCUCAACGAAACCUUCUUUGUUGGAGAGGUGGAUGAAGGAGCAAAGAAACUGGUUCAGACUACAUAUGAAUGCCUUAUGCAAGCCAUUGACUCUGUGAAGCCUGGCAUUCGCUACAGAGAGCUGGGUAAUAUCAUCCAGAAGCAUGCUCAGGCCAAUGGUUUCUCUGUGGUGCGAAGCUACUGUGGCCACGGCAUUCACAGACUUUUCCACACCGCUCCCAAUGUGCCACACUAUGCCAAAAACAAAGCAGUUGGAGUUAUGAAGCCUGGCCAUGUGUUCACCAUUGAACCCAUGAUAUGUGAAGGUGGCUGGCAAGACGAGACGUGGCCUGAUGGCUGGACGGCGGUGACCAGAGACGGGAAGCGCUCGGCUCAGUUUGAACACACUCUGCUGGUGACGGAGACCGGCUGCGAGAUCCUCACCCGCCGGCUGGAGGACAACGGACGCGCUCAUUUCCUGAGCCAAAUGUAGGCCGGAGCGGAACGCAGCAAAGACUGGACUUUUCCAGACACCCAGCACCUCUGGGUCUCACACACAAAAACACACUCAAACACACAUCUCAAAUCAAGAGGCACCACUCCUGGAGCUCAGCAUGAGUGCAGCUCUCACGGUUCUUUGAAUUAAAUAUUGGUUCCUCAGUCUAAAUGGAAGUACUUGAAUGUGUCUUAUAACAAAUGUGGAUUGCUUUAUUAGUGAAAACUGUAUCCUCUGGAGGAAAUAUAAAGAAGUAUUUAUGAGAUUUGGUUUCGCUUAGUGGCCUGGCUUGACAUUGGGCCUGUUUUAAUCUCUGGCUCACUCAGAGCUUUCACUGGCUGACUAGUUGUUGUCUGUGGUGUGGUGGAGCUCAGGGCAAAUUCAACUAGUACGCCAUGCUUCGCUUCUUUUCUUUCAGCCUCUGCUAACUCAAUCACAUCUUUUGAUUUUACCAGAGAUGGAUUGAAAAGAAUCAGCAAUACUAGAGGCACAGCAAGGUUCCAAAACUCACCAAAUAGCAACUCAAAAAUUUAAGCAGAAAAACAAGUUCAGUUUUUAAGGUCUUAAUCCAAGUUUGCAAAUAAUGCAUGCUCAGGCAGCCAUGUUGGAUGUUGGAUCUUCAGUGCCCAUGCAACAGAAGCAGAGUUCAAUUCAUUUUCUAAAGGUUUAAACUGGCAAUAGGUCUUUUCUUGCCAAGAGUGACAUGAGAGGAUUGAUACCACUCUCAUAUCUGUUUGUUAUAUGUGAAGCGACAGAGCUUAGCCUGGCUUAAAAUGAAGAAAGCAGGGGAAAGCAGCCAGCCUGGCUCUGGCCAAAGUUCAAAUAUUACUAUAUAUCUGCACCUUUAACGCUCAGUAAUUAAACUGUGUCUUGUUUGUUUAAGUUGGACACAAACAAAAGUGGUAAAACUAUGGCAUAUGUGUGCACGGACUGUUUCUCCACUUGUUGAACAGAUUAAACAAACAACAUAUUAAGUGUUAAUUAGUGAGCAUUAGAAGCAGGAUUAGCCGGGCAUGCUGUCUCUUUCUUUUUCCUGCUAAGCUAAGCUAACCAUCUUCUGGCUCCAGCUUCACAUACAACUUACAGACAUUAGAGAAAAGGAAAAAUAAUGACUUGAUUUACUGCUUCAUACAAGAAUCUGCUGGCUAGCUGAUCAUAGUGUUGCUGUCCUAUUUGCCUGUCGGGGUGUCCAGUACACAAAACCAAUUGUUAUAUUUUGAAUGUGGCUAUUGUUAGUGCACAUCCACUUGAGAACAUCACCCACAGUUGCUAGGAGAAUUGUGACGUAGCCCCAGAGCAUUUACGUAGAUACCCAGAAUGAGAGUAAUGAAGGCCUGGACUUGUCGGUCCUGAUUGGAGGAUUACUCCUUUAGUGUGUCGUGUUUCCAAUAGCCCCGGUGUAGCAAAUUGAGCCUUAACUUGUGAAACUAGGAAUUAAAACUUGCUGGAUAUUUCAAGGCACGUAAACUGGUGUGUCCCCCCUCCCCAUCUACUCGGCAGUCACCAUUUACAUUGAUGUGGGGAUUUUCCUGGUGCGAGCGGCAUUCAUUAUUUCUACAUUUCAGAGGACUAAUGCGAUCACAGUUUCUCUGCCAUCUUUGUAUUUCUUCUAAUGGAGUAAUAAAUGACUCUUCUGUAGCUCUGUGUGGGUGAGUUUGUCCUUGAAUAAAUCGGUGAUCGAAAUCCCCAAAGUGGCUUAACUUCACCAGCGUUUUAUUAAUGGAAAUGAGUGUCUGGGUUCCUGUCAGCCUUAAUGCCUAUUUAAACUCAGUGGCGGACAUUGACAACAUUGGAGAUUUGGGUUUAACGCUUUGUUUACUCCCAAGUUACACAUUUAAACUUGUAUCUGAAAAACAUUUAAGUCAUAAUGAAUGCACUGAGGGUUUUCUAAGCCUCUGGAAAUGCACCACACUUUCCCUUUGCUUAAGAGUUUUAUUUUCCAACAGCAUGUGUCGUGGCUACUUCUUAUAUCCCCCUCUACACUGUGCCACCUUAACAGGGUUUCACUUCUUGACUUAGACAUUUUAAACAGUUCAAGUCACAACACUGCAGCAGCUGAUUGUUGCCUGUUUUUGGCUGAUUUAUCGUCACUUUAAUCAAAAUAAAAUAUUUUUAGGUCGAACGUGAGGUCAAAAUCUGUUUUCCUUCAUGUUUGGAUAGUUACUUAUGACAAGUACAAGUAGUACCAGUAGUACUGCCAGUUACUCAAAAUAUUUAGUUUGACAUAAAUAUACAGCAUAAAGCAAAAGGAAAGAUUUACAUCACCUCAAUAAAUGAUCCAAAUGUGAGAAUAUAACUCACCAUCAACACCAAAAAGUGGCUCCAACAAUAUGAUUUGUUUGGCAGUAAAUUACUAACAGAAGGGAAUUUGGGGGAUCUUGUGUUUUGAAGGAUAAUUGAAGUAGUUAAUGCAAAUAUUAAGGUUUGAAAGCCAGGAGCACAAUCAAGCUAUGGGAGAUUAGGUUGGUGAUAUGUAUCCAGCUAAGAAAUAGUUUUUUUAUCCAGAAAAUAAUGAAUGAAAAUUACACAAUAUGAAGAACUUUCGAGAAGCAGAAGGCAGGACCUCUAAACCAUACCUACUCUUCCCCCACUUAUUUUAUAGGUUGAUGUUCUGUAAUGCUGCUUAUAAAUUUAAUAAGAUUGCAAUUUGUGUUUGUGACUCCAAAAUUCGAAGUUUAGCGUUUAGUAGUUUGCAAACCAAACUCGGUGUAAACUAGCUAUGACUAUGAUGUUACAGAAGGCUGUCAUUGUGCAUUUGGUCAUGUCUGUAGCAUCACUCAUGUUGAUUACUCCAAUACUUUCCCCCUAUGACGAGUCGAAAUAUCUGCGAUGAAACAGGGCCCAUUAAAGUUCAGAAAUAAUUUUACGUUAACUCCGUGAAGCUAAAAAGGUCUGUGAUCCUUUCAGGGUUUUGUGUCCUGAUUGUCCUUGUACCAGAACCCUUCAUCUGUUUGCCACACAGACAUCAGACCAAUCUUCAUCACCACAGAAGUACAGAGGAGGAAAAAUGACUUUAUUCCCCACGGCGCCCUCUGCAGUAUGAAUGGAGCAGUUGGGACACAUUUUUUUUCAAACUAGGAAUGGCAGAGUUGAGUACAGGGUGUCGUAGAAAAUCUUCCGAGUAGGGUACAGUCAGAGUCAACAUCUUGGAAAUGAUGUUUACAUUGUCAAAUCCAUAUAUAACAGGAGAAGACUAAAACCUGAUGAGUGCUCAAAUCCUCCAGCGAUUAAAAGUAAAGGAUACAUUGGAAGUAUUUAAACAGUUCAGACUUAAUCUACAACUUUAUCAGGCUUCCAUGUCCACACUGUUCCCAACUAAGAAACACUCAGCAGUUGUGGUUGUAUUACCUUAUUAUUCAUUCAGACUAGAUCAAAGAGUAUUUAUGAAUAAUCUGAAUUAGUUUCCUCUGUUUUCCCCUCUCGCAGUGUUCUAUGUACGUAUGUGUUCCUUGAGGGGAGGAAACCCCGAUCAAAGAGCUGUCUAACACUGCAUUGUUCAAAUAGAAACAGACAUGAACAUAGAGUUGGAAGAUUAUUUAUUAAAUUGAGCUGAGUAAACAUGGACGGAGAUCACAGUUUGCUACGCUCCCCCACGUCUAGACCUGAAGGACGACGCGGAUGCUGAAAAUGGGAUGAGAAGGUAGAUAUUAGAGGACAUUAGAAGUUUUCUGUCUUCAGGCUUACAACACAUUAGUGACACAAUCGGUGCUUGUGUCUGAGUGAAGGCCGCUCUCAGUGCAAACUGUUGCGUAAGUCCUGUCUUCACCAUUCAUCUCAUCCCAGCUUUGUCCUCAACAGAGGGCAGCAGUGACGCAUGCAUUUUUUUAAUACAUAAAACCCGGAGGGACUCGAGAGCAUUACACAUUUUAACAUAACAAACAACUUCAGAACGUAUCUGAUAUCAAGGCUUACCAUUUCCCAGCAUGCAUUAGAUCAAAACCAUCAGUGAUCUUCUCAAAGGGCAGAGUGUGAGUCACAAACUCAUCUACUUUCAGAUUCUUGUUCAUGUACUCCUCCACCAGUUUGGGAACACUUUCCACACUCUUGUAUCCUGGGAAAAGAGUAAAUUGAUUCAUUCAGAAGAGAUAAGCAGUGAUCUGGGAAUUUAAAAUUUCCCCUCAACUGUUCACAACCAAAACAUAAAUGCUGCCAAAGUACAAAUGCGGCUUUUUGAAAAUGAGCAGAGCAAUGUCUCAUUGUAAAGUCGCACGAGUUAUUCUCCCUCUGUUCAUUCAACAGAGCCAGAUAGUAUCUUUGCGCAUGAAAAAAACAAAUAAGACAUCCAGUUUUCUGCACAAUUAAACAUCCAUUAAAGUGAGAGUUGGUUUAGUAUUUGUUUGUAGUGAAUUCAUGUGUCUUUGUGUCUUAGUUUGUGUCUUAUCGGUAUUUCUGCUCUCUUCUUUUGCCAUUGUGUGUCUUUGUAUUUGCUUUGCAUCUCUAGGUUUUGCACUCUUUAUUCAGUUGUUUUUCCCCAUUUUGUUGUCCUUUUGCAACUCUGCAGAGGUUCGAAGUUUCUUAAGUCAUUUGCAUCUUCAUUUGUGUGCGGUUGUUUUGUAUGGAGGACUAAAAGUGCCAAAAUUAAAUAAAUAAAUACAUCAUUAAAUAAUUAAUUAAAUAUGUCAUUAAUUAAUUAAAAUUGGAAUUAAAUAUUUCAUUAAUUAAUUAAAAUUGGAAUUAAAUAUUUCAUUAAUUAAUUAAAAUUGGAAUGAAAUACUUAAAUGUGUUAUUAAAUAAAUAUAUCAUUAAAUAAUUAAAUAUGUCAUUAAUUAAUUAAAAUUGGCAUUAAAUAUGUCAUUAAUUAAUUAAAAUUGGCAUUAAAUAUGUCAUUAAUUAAUUAAAAUUGGAAUUAAAUACAUAAAUGUGUUAUUAAAUAUGUCAUUAAUUUAUUAAAAUAACAAUUAUUUUAAGUAAAAAACAUAUUUCAUUAUUUCACUAUUUAAUUAAUUAUUUCAUGGUCCUUGCGUUGCAGUGGAUCAUGAAUUUAUUUUAUCUGUCAACCUCGCCCGUCAAAGUCGGUGGGCGGAUCCUAACACCUGAUUGGUUACCCUGCACAUCAAGUCAAGGCAAAUCGAUUCCAGAUAAUGGAUUGACGCAGAGCUUGUGAACACAUUCCGAUACACUGGGUGGCGCUAUUCACCUCUACGUUGGUUUGGAUACUCAAUAAAACAAAACUUUAUUAGCAACCGCUAAAGACUCGGUCCUCUUUCCCAAAUGUUGAUACAUGCGGUGCAAGACAAAUUUUCCUUUAGCAUUUCCUUUAGCAUCUACUCGGCGCGCCACGGCUCGUCUCGGUUUAGUUGUUUUUCCAUUACAUUGAGUACCACCUCAUCGUGGGUUGAGUCGUCAUAGCACGGUGGCCCGAAAGUCCCUUACCGUCAUUUUUGUGCGACACAAACGCAAUGCAACAAUGUACAUGGAGGCGAUAGUACACCUGCUGCUCGGUCUGUGGCUUUCUGUCAGAUUCAGAGUAACAGAAGAGUCGGAGAAAGCUGAGAGCGGCGAGUCGAAACACUCAGGAGACACACAGGAGAGUUUGGGAGGCGAUACAGCAGUAUCAAGCUGAAGACAAGAGGAUAUGAACGAGACGACAUAUAAGGAUGCUCUCUGAUGAGACUUCAUGGGAUUUACCUGAAGCAGCAGCACAUGAGCCUGCAGUGGCACAAGGUGUAGAGGAGGAGGGCAGAGAUGUACAGGAUGCACUGAUGCACUACGUGUCAUGCAAAAGUUAAAAGUUGUUCUUCUUGUUAUACUUCUGUUUUUCUGUCCCCGGACCGCUAUUGUUUUCUUUAAUGCAAUUCUGACAAUAAACUUUUGUAGAUGUG